AAGCGAGCGGGGCUCGGCCGAGACGGCGAUUGUUAAAACUCUCGCCGGAGUCCGAUGGCACGAGAGGGGAAAGGUUAAGGACGAGUUGAAGGUGAUGCUUCCGACGCUGAAGCCUUCGGAAGUGACAAGGUUACUUUGGCUAUGAAAAUGAAGAAGGAUACGCUGUCGGUAUCCUUUAUCGCGAUUGCCGAAGCUCGCAAUUCCAGCAUUUGAAAUAUCGGAAUAUUCGGAAUAGAUACAUGAAGAGAGUUUUGUAGCAAAAAUUGUUAUAAGGUUUUGCAACCGAGAAAAGCACACCGACAUUGUUGUCUUAAUUUAUUGCAUUUCGAUUUCUAUUAUUGAAAAAUUUAUUAUGCAUCUUAGCACUGCAAAUUCCAUUUAGUAUGGUAAAAUUAAAUUUAUAUGAAACAAAGAUAUAAUACCUUGCUCGUGCUACAAAUUUGCGCUCGGCGAAGGUCAAUCUUUUCAUUAUUUUCCAUUGACGUUCCGCCGACAAGAUUUUACUUGCCACUUCACGAAGCCAUCGUUCACGAACUCGAAGAAAAUGGCUACGAUGAGUCGAUCGGCUAUUUGAGGGAAUUAUUGGAACUAGAUGAGGAAGCUCGAAAGGGAGCUGGUCCCGGGACGUUGGCGUGGAAGAAACCGCGUUUAAAGGACAAUAAGAGCGCGCUGCUGCAUCUCAAAGAGGGCUUCUUCGCCUUUGAGCAGGCCAAGAACGCCGGUGGAGACUCGGUGUCUAUGACAAUGGCAUUCCUGCAUACUGCGACAUCGUUCCAGACAAUGGCGUGUGAAUGGUGGUGGGUGGCGGAGCGACUUUACCGGAGCGCGAUAACGAACGCGGAGGUCAUCGAACACGACGGCCGGCGGACAAUCACCGUGACACGCUAUUUAUACGGUCGAUUCUUGUUCGAACAAAUGCAGAAUACGGUAGAGUCGUUGGACCACUUGAAAGUCGCGCGAGAGACGUCCAAAGGGAAAUCGUGGAACUCGUCUAAGCUGACCGGUCGACAAGAGCAAAGCAUCUUCCGCGAGUGCAACGUGCUGCUAUAUAAAACGCUGCUAAUGCACGCGCAACAGGCCGAUCCUGACCAGCCGGAUGUCGCCGUGAAAGCGUGCACCGAAGCUCUCGCGCGAGCGACGGAUUCCGAGCACCGCGAAUACAUCGAGAAUGCGUUGCACGAGCUGGGCCAGAGUCAGAGGAGGUCGGGCGACGUAGAGAGUGCUCUUCAGAGUUUUUCCAAAUUGCUGGCGAUGGCCAAGAGAGUCCCAGAUCCACAGGGAGUGUGCAACGCGCACAUGGCACUGGCAUUGGCAUAUAAAGAACUGGACAACGAGAUGUACACGGAGAAGCAUCUUCGCCUGGCUAAGGAAAGGGCGGCCGAGUUCGGGCUCACGCUGCAACUUGCGCAGGCACACUAUUACACCGGCGAAUAUUUCUUGAGUAAGAGGAGACCGGAUGUGGCGACUCCUCAUCUGGAAAAGUCUUUCGAUCUUUACAAUGAACUCGGCUUAUACGGUGAGGCUAACAAAGCGCGGAUUAUCGCCGGAGUUUCGAGAGGACAAGGAAGCAUCGAUAAGUACAUUGAUCUUGUACGGCGGUGCGGAACGGCGGUCGGCUCGAAGGCAAUAUCAACACUUUGUCAGUGGAAAAAUCGCAGGAACACUUUUUUCACCGAGACAAAGCUGUGUACCGAAGAUUCGGAAGAUCUCGAUGGCGAACACAUUGACGAGACGAUGUCUUCAGCACCAUCUGUCACUACCAUUACCGCGGACGUCGCGAAAAGCAAUAUUGAUAAUUAGAUUGAUUAAUUAAUUUGAUGAACUAAUUUUAUAUACGUCUGAUUUGAUCCCAGUGAAAUUUUACACUACGAUAUCUAGCGACAAAUACAAUCUUUCGUAUAUUCUACAGUCGGUCACUAUUUAAACAAAGACAACAAAAUCGUUCACUUAUUGUUUAAAUCAAACACGGUGUUACAUUAUUGAUGUGAAAUACUUGGAAGAUACAUUGUAGCAGAAGCUUUUAAAGUUUCACACUGAAUAUUACAAUCGUAUAUUAUAUCUUAACAAUUUUCAUUUAUAUACGUAAUUUAUCCUCGCGAGUCUGUUCGUUAAUAACACAUACAUCUAUGGUGCAUUACGUGUAAUUAAUGUAACAAUGAGAUUACGCAUUCACGCAUCUUUUGUCGUACGAUGGUUUUACAUGUUUAUGUUUGACGUUUCAAUGACCUCGACUGCGAAAUAGCGACGUGCACAGACAAUUCAUUGCUUGACACAAAAGUCAAACAAUGAAACAUGAGCAAUGCAUGAGAGAAUAUUAUAGAGAAUAUGUAUUUAUUAUUAAUACGUAUUUACAUAGGUAUUUAAAAAAUUAUGACAUUCGCAAGUCGACACUAUAUCUGCAUAGAACAUAUAUUUGCUAUGUCUGCAUAACUAUCUUAGAAUGCAUACAUCAUAGAAUACGAUAACACUAUUAUUAUUAAUAUGUAUAUCAUUACCAAAUUUUGAUAUUAAUGGUA